AGAGAGAGAGCAGAAGUUACAGAGAAGCUUUUAAAUUCUCGCAGUGCCCAUUGUCUCUCUCUUUGCAUAUUCCCUUUUUAUUAAUUUUUUAUUAACAUUUAUUUUAUUUCUCCUUCUUUUAAAACGAAUUUAUUUUUCCUUUUUUUUCUCACUUUAUAUCUCUACUUUACCUUUUUUUGCAGGGUUCUUCUACUUUUUUGCUUCUUGUUCAUCUUCUUCCUCUACGUCUGUCUUCUUCCUCUGGCUGGGAAGCCAUGGCGGAGAUAAGCCAUCCUCCAAUGGAACAACUUCAAGACCUUGAGUAUUGCAUCGACUCUAAUCCUCCUUGGCCUGAAACGGUGUUACUAGCAUUUCAAAACUACAUUCUAAUGCUUGGAUCAAGUGCUUUUAUACCCGCACUGCUCGUACCGGCAAUGGGCGGGACUGAUGGAGACAAAGCAAGGGUUAUGCAGACGCUACUCUUUGUUGCUGGAAUCAAGACACUUGUUCAAGCUCUUUUCGGUACGAGGUUGCCUGCUGUUGUUGGAGGCUCUUUCGCUUACGUAGUCCCCAUUGCUUACAUCAUUAAUGACUCAUCCUUGCAAAAGAUCUCCAAUGAUCAUGAGAGAUUUAUUCACACUAUGAGAGCUAUACAAGGGGCACUGAUUGUAGCGUCAAGCAUACAAAUCAUUCUUGGCUAUAGCCAAGUAUGGGGUCUUUUCUCAAGGUUUUUCAGUCCUCUUGGAAUGGCACCAGUUGUUGGACUGGUUGGUCUAGGCAUGUUCCAGCGAGGAUUUCCACAGCUUGGAAACUGCAUUGAGAUUGGACUACCAAUGCUACUGCUUGUCAUCGGACUAACACAAUAUCUCAAACAUGUCAGACCAUUCAAAGAUGUCCCAAUCUUCGAACGGUUUCCCAUCUUGAUCUGCGUAACAUUUGUUUGGAUCUACGCCAUUAUCUUGACCGCUAGUGGAGCAUACAGACACAAGCCAUCGCUUACACAGCAUAGUUGUCGCACAGACAAAGCUAAUCUUAUAUCAACCGCUCCAUGGUUCAAAUUCCCAUACCCUCUCCAGUGGGGCCCUCCAACGUUUGCAGUAGGUCAUUCGUUUGCUAUGAUGUCUGCGGUUCUUGUAUCCAUGGUCGAGUCUACUGGGGCUUACAUGGCGGCUUCAAGAUUAGCUAUAGCCACACCUCCUCCUGCUUAUGUAUUGAGUAGAGGCAUUGGAUGGCAGGGUAUUGGUGUGUUGCUUGAUGGUCUUUUCGGAACAGGCACAGGCUCUACUGUUCUAGUAGAGAAUGUAGGACUUCUUGGGUUGACAAGAGUGGGAAGCCGUCGUGUUGUUCAAGUAUCAGCAGGCUUCAUGAUCUUCUUCUCUAUAUUGGGCAAAUUCGGUGCUGUAUUCGCGUCUAUACCAGUGCCUAUAUACGCAGCAUUGCACUGUGUCCUCUUCGGCCUCGUUGCUGCGGUUGGUCUCUCGUUUCUUCAGUUCACAAACAUGAACAGCAUGAGAAACUUAAUGAUCACUGGUCUUUCGCUCUUUCUUGGAAUCUCGAUACCUCAGUUCUUUGUUCACUACUGGGACGCAAGACAUUACGGGCUAGUUCACACAGACGCGGGAUGGUUCAACGCGUUCUUGAACACGUUGUUCAUGUCUCCAGCCACUGUUGGUCUCAUCAUUGCGGUUUUUAUGGACAAUACAGUUGAAGUGGAGAGUUCGAAGAAAGACAGAGGGAUGCCUUGGUGGGUCAAGUUUAGAACCUUUCGAGGUGAUAACCGUAAUGAAGAGUUCUACACUUUGCCCUUUAACCUCAACAGAUUCUUCCCUCCUACUUAGUAAAUUAUUGACAUGCUUCGAUGAGGAAACAGAGCCUGCUGGUUUUAGAUUCUGUUUAUUAUUCUUUUUCUUUGGUGAUGGUUCUUUAAUUCGAUGACUUCCAUUAUUGAAGUAGUCUGUUUACUUUUAAGAUUUAAUCUCUUCUUCCUGUAGAUUAUAGAGAUGGUUACUAAAACAAUGUUUUUAGUUUUUGUGUGAAUGGAAUCAAGUCUCGUAAGCUUUUCCAGUUU